AAGUUUUCACAAACACUGAACGGAAUUCCUUCUUCAAACACAGUCAGCAGUGGAAUGGACCCCUUCCAUGCCUGUAGUAUUCUUCAGCAGCUUAAAACCAUGUAUGAUGAAGGACAGCUGACAGAUAUUGUAGUGGAAGUGGAUCAUGGGAAAACAUUCUCCUGUCAUAGGAAUGUUCUUGCUGCAAUCAGUCCUUAUUUCAGAUCUAUGUUCACUAGCGGCCUUACGGAGAGUACCCAGAAGGAAGUUCGUAUCGUUGGUGUCGAAGCAGAGUCAAUGCAUUUGGUGUUGAACUAUGCAUAUACCUCCAGAGUAAUGCUGACAGAGGCCAACGUCCAGGCUUUGUUCACUGCAGCCAGUAUCUUCCAGAUCCCUUCCAUACAAGACCAGUGUGCUAAAUACAUGAUCAGCCAUUUGGACCCACAGAACUCCAUUGGGGUGUUUAUCUUCGCUGAUCACUAUGGUCAUCAGGAACUCAAGGACAGGUCGCAAGACUACAUUCGUAAAAAGUUCCUGAGUGUCACCAAAGAGCAAGAAUUUCUUCAGCUGAGAAAGGACCAGCUGAUAAGUAUACUCGACAGCGAUGAUUUAAACGUAGACAAAGAAGAACAUGUUUAUGACAGCAUUAUAAGGUGGUUUGAGCAUGAACAAGAUAAGAGAGAAGUGCACCUUCCAGAGAUAUUUGCCAAAUGCAUCCGUAUGCCUCUGUUGGAAGAGACCUUUUUAGAGAAAAUCCCUCCCGUGUUUGCACAGGCUAUGGCCAAAAGCUGUGUACAAAAGGGACAACAUAGUGCCAAUGGCUACACGCAACGGCUUGGAAUGACCGCUUCCGAAAUGAUCAUAUGCUUUGAUGCUGCCCACAAACACUCAGGAAAGAAGCAAACAGUGCCUUGUUUGGAUUCGGUCACAGGGAGAGUGUUCAAACUAUGCAAGCCACCAAACGACUUGAGGGAGGUUGGAAUUCUCGUGUCUCCUGAUAACGACAUUUACAUUGCGGGGGGUUACAGACCCAGCAGCAGCGAGGUCUCCAUUGACCACAGAGCAGAGAGUGACUUUUGGAUGUACGAUCACUCUGGCAACAGGUGGAUUCCCAAAGCUCCUUUGCUGCGAGCCAGAAUAGGCUGCAAACUGGUUCACUGCUGUGGUAAGCUGUACGCCAUAGGAGGUCGCGUUUAUGAAGGAGACGGGCGAAACUCACUCAAGUCUGUGGAGUGUUACGACAGCCGAGAGAACUGCUGGACAGCUGUCUGUCCCAUGCCAGUGGCAAUGGAGUUUCACAGUGCUGUGGAAUAUAAGGACAACAUCUAUGUCUUACAGGGGGAAUUUUUUCUCUGCUAUGAUCCUCAGAAGGAUUACUGGGGGUUUUUGACCCCGAUGACUGUGCCUAGAAUCCAAGGCUUGGCAACUGUAUACAAUGACUCCAUCUACUACAUAGCUGGGACCUGUGGCAACCACCAACGUAUGUUUACCGUAGAGGCCUAUGACAUUGAACAGAACAAGUGGACUCGAAAAAAAGACUUUCCAUGUGAUCAGUCCAUUAAUCCGUAUAUAAAACUUGUACUCCUCAAAAACAAACUCCAUCUGUUUGUCAGAGCUACUCAAGUCACUGUCGAGGAACAUGUUUUCAGAACCAGCAGGAAGAAUUCGCUCUACCAGUACGACGAGGUUACUGACCAAUGGCAGAAAGUGUACGAGACUCCGGACAGGCUCUGGGAUUUAGGCCGGCAUUUUGAAUGUGUUGUUGCUAAAUUGUACCCGCAGUGUCUUCAGAAAGUUAUUUAA